CCCACAAUACCUUGCGCUUCUCCACCCUUCUGUGGUUGCGGAGGUCGCUCGUAGAAGUGCUCCCCACAAUCCUUUGCGGUAACUCAAGAUGGCGGUGCCGUGUGGCCCCCUGAGCGAUUUGGAGAGCAGCAGCAGCAGCGAUGCGGAGGAGCUGGCACGGUGCCGCGAGGCGGCAAUGCCGGCCUGGGGCUUGGAGCAGCGCCAGGGAGGGCCGGAGAAGCCAAGAGCCGAUGCCAGAAAUAAUCAGCGGCCAGCCACCCAGCCGAGCCUCAGGCAUAAAGUGGAUGAACAUGAACAAGAUGGCAAUGAACUUCAGACCACCCCCGAAUUCCGAGCCCACAUAGCCAAGAAACUGGGAGCCCUGCUGGACAGCUCAAUUACCAUCUCAGAAGUUGUGAAGGAGCCGGCAAAGGCCGAGGUACAGAAAGUUCCCGCAGAGGAUGAUGGCUUCCGCCUCUUCUUCACUUCCGUCCCUGGAGGCUCGGAGAAGAACGCUGCUCCCCAGCCUGGCCGAAAGCGAUUACCUCCGAGCUCCAGCAGUGAGGACAGCGAGGAGGAGUGGCAGCGGUUCCGGGAGGCAGCGGUGUCGGCCUCCGACAUCCUCCAGGACUCUGCCAUCCACAGCCCUAUCAGAGUGGACGGAGAGGCAAAGAAGAAAAAGAAAUUGAAAAAGAAAGCCAAGAAGGAGGCCAGCGCCGACUUGGUCGCCUCCACCACCACAAGUGGGACCGCAGUUGGGAAGCCGGAAAAGCAGUCACCCAAGCUCAAUGGAGACCAGGCAUCACUUGGGACCAAAAAGAAGAGAAGGAAGAAAAAGGCCAAGAAGGCCAGUGAGGCUUCCCCAUUCCCACCAACAAAGAGCGCAGUGGCCAUGCCUGCAAACUGAUCCCUGCCCACGGGCACAAGGCUUAGCUAGCCCUGAGGACAAGGUGCCCGUCAGGGACAAGGCAUUUCCAAGCCCCACCUCCCUCUCCAAGUUCAAGGACUUGGCUGGCAAGUCCGUACUUGGCCCAUGAUUGGGGCUUGCCCAGGGGUCGGGACAAAGACAGCUGUAGGAUGAGAAGACUAAUCAGGGCCUGCCCGUCCGGGCUCCCACUGGGGGCUGGCGCAGACCUGUGGUACCAGCACCUUCCAUGGCCUCAGGAGAAAGGAGCCAUCCAGUUAUUCAAGACUAUUGGUCAAGUGGUAAAGCUUCUAUCUUCCCGGGACAGAGGAGAGCAAGUGAAGGGAGAGCUUUUCCUUGCCCUCCACCUUCUCGACCUGGUGUGGGAGACAUCCUUAAGAAACUGAGGGAAGGAGUCGGCCCAGAAAGAGUUUUGUACUUUUGUCUCCAGGCCGCACAGACUUGAUGAUAGCCUUGUCUGAAAAAGAGAGAUUUUAUCCCCCGCUAGGUUUCCAGAAUUUUUUUUCUCCAUGUUUGUGAAUAUACCAUGCACGAUCAUGUCUCUGAGCCAACCAGAUUAUUGAAAAUAAAUUGUCGAGAGACCCCAAACUUAACAAAGUGAUCGGGGUGCUGCCUCCAAUAUCAAUGCUGAAUCUUGAUGAGACCGUUUAAGUAAACAUCACAUAGGUGGUGUCCUCCUGCCUACACCCCAAGGUGUGUUCCUGCACCCCAGCCUCAAGACUUCAGGAAGUAUCACAGCACUUGUGAAUGGGGUUUCACACACCAGGAGUGUUCUGCCGGGAAGAGGAGAAGCUCAGGGUUAAGGUGAAAUUCUGGUUUCAUGGCCUUACCUCCAAGGUUUGGCAGAGCAAGAAAGACAGAGGUGUGGGACGUGAGAGCGUGUGUGCUAACCCAUCUCCCCUCAGGCCCCUGGCCCACCUCCGCCUCCGUCUGUCCGCCCAACCCCGUCUGGGCAAUGUGUGGACAAGCAAGAAGUUUCCAGUACUCAUUGCCAAUACUCCGUUCCUCAUUUCCUUUACUAAAAGUUAAAUAAAUGUACAGGUUCGCCCUUAGCUGGCUGCAAGCUGCAGGGGGUGCUGGUUCUUCCCCGGCCCCAGUCCUCAGUCCCAGGGUGGGAGUUGUCUGCAAGGCCAGGUGAUCUGCAGCAGCCCCAGGGAGAGGAGGUCGUGGAGCCCUGGGUUUACACAGCUGCCUUGUCUCUCCUGGUGGCACUUGGGACCGCAGGCUCCAGGAUGUGGCUGUGAACUGCCUGGACCUUUCCCUCUUCCCUCUGGGCACCUCAGCUCUGCCACCUGCUCAGGCCUUGGUGCCUUCUGAGCUCAGCAGCUUCUCCCCCAAACCAGGGAGGGGCCACAAGGCCCCACAGGCGAGAGGCGCUGUUGUCCAGAAUCCUGACAAACACCAGGCACAGUCACAAGGCUCCCGUGGGGCAGGGAUGACUUCCUAGCCCUGAGGGGGGCUUUCCCAUAGAGGCAAGAUGGCAGGCUGGCAUG